AUGAGAGAUGCUUUUGAGAUGUUCCAAGGGGCUCAAUCCGAACCAAAUGAUGAGGCUAAGCGCUUUUAUGAACAACUAGAGGAAGCUAGUUGUCCUUUGUAUGAAGGCUCAAUGCAUUCCAAGUUGUCUGUUGCAGUUAGACUACUAACUAUCAAAUCUGAUAGUUCUAUUUCUCAAGCGGGCAUGGAUUCUAUCAUUGGGCUUAUGAAUGAACUAAAUCCGAAUAAAGUUGACUUACCCAAAGAUUUCUAUGCUGCAAAAAAAAUUGGUGUCCAAGAUGAUGCAGCAUUAGAAAAUUGUAAGUUUUGUAACCAACCUCGUUAUAAGGAAGUUACAAAUGCUAAUAAGAAGAAGGUUCCGAUGAAGGCGAUGCAUUACUUACCCCUUAUACCAAGGUUAAAGAGGUUGUAUGCAACAAUGAGCUCCGCUCCUCAUAUGAGAUGGCACUAUGAACAUAGAAGGCCAACCGCUGUUCUACGUCACCCGUCAGAUGGAGAAGCAUGGAAGCAUUUUGAUAGGGUAUUCCCGGACUGUGCAAGUGAACCAAGAAAUAUUAGGUUGGGAUUACGUGUUGAUGGAUUCACUCCAUUUGCCGUCUCUGCCGCACCAUAUUCAUGUUGGUCAGUGUUUGUUACGCCGUAUAAUCUUCCUCCAGAGUUUUUCUUGUCGCCAAAAGAAAUUUGGAACAGAGUUAGGGAUCUACCUAAGUUAAUAGAGUCUCCAUUGCCUAAUAAGAUACAUGGUUAUGGUGUUACCCAUAACUGGACUAAACAGAGCAUAUUUUGGGAGUUACCUUAUUGGAAGCAUUAUCUUCUUCGGUAUAAUCUUUACGUCAUGCAUAUUGAGAAGAACUUUUUUGAUAACUUGUUUAAUACUGUGAUGGAUGUCAAUAACAAGACAAAAGAUAACUUGAAGGCUAAGAUGGACUUGAAGGAAUAUUGUAGGCGAAGUGAGUUGUACCUUACAUACUUGAACAACAAGAUUCAAAAGCCCAAGACUACAAAUUCACUUUGGAUGAGAGAAGAGAGAUUUGUCAUUGGGUUAAGAAUUUGA